UCUCUAUUUGCUCAUUCGUCUGCCACAUUUGUGUUUACACAAACUGGAAUGUUGUGUUUCUUUUACUGCACCUGAACGCAGCAGUUCCUGAAGCUAACAUUAGCUCUUCCUGCAGUGUUAUGAGUUGAGCAGGACUGAAGUGCUGGGAAUGCAGCCGCCGCUGCCACCUGAAGCCGUCAGAGAGCUGGUGUGCUCCUGUCUGCACAGAGACCCGGUAGCAGCAGACCUCCGCUGCAGCCUGUUUGUUGCUGCUGCACAGAACUACAAGAGGGACUCUCUGCUCAGACCCUUCCCUCCUCGAUACAUAAGCGGUGACAAUAAGGACUUUGAGGAGUUGUUGGCAGAUGUGAGCUCAUUGCCUGGUGUGAGAGAGUUGGUGAGGCUACGACCCAGAGAAGGAGAUCAGCAUUUGGCUCUCACACACUGGAUUCUGUCUUCAAAGAGCUUUGCUGUGAAGACGCUACAGAAAGAUGAGUAUGCCAAGCUCUGUAACCUGACAGAAAAUGAAGGGAUCUCUGCGCCGGUGCCCAACUUCCUUUUUGAGCUGGAGUACUCAGAUCAGAUGAAUGCCAGGUUUGAGAGGACGAGAGAAGGACGAGAUGUUUUCUAUGCAUUCCACGGGAGCCGUCUGGAGAACUUUCACUCAAUCAUUCACAACGGGCUGCACUGUCACCUCAACAAGACCUCAGUGUUUGGAGAGGGGACCUACCUCACCAGCGACCUCAGCAUGGCUGUCCUCUACAGUCCUCACAGCAGCAGCUGGCGAGAAAGUAUCCUGGGUCCACAACUCAGCUGUGUGGCCUUGUGUGAAGUCAUAGAUCAUCCAGAUGUGAAGUGCCAGGUGAAGAAAAAAGAUUCUGAAAUCAUCGACCGGCAGCGCUCAAGGGCAAAGAACAGUGAAGGAGGAGAUGUACCACAGAAAUACUUUAUAGUCACCAACAAUCAGCUUUUAAGAGUCAAGUACCUGCUUGUUUACUCUCAGAGGAGGAACCUGUCCAGACAUUCCCGCACACAUUUUGCCGUCAUGAUGAGCCUCUACCUUCUGCUGCUCGUACUCAUCGGUGCCUUGAACUCCACCACCUUCGUCUCCUUUUGGAACCGAUUAUUCAGGUGACAACACGACAGACGGCCUGGAUGUUUCUUAUCCACGGUGCCUUCCUGAUCACUGAUUGACUGGAGGCCCGAGCAAAAACACACUUUUAUGCACCUUUAUACUGUUUUCUCUCACUGUAGUUCUUUUCUUUGUUUGUAUAAUUACCGUUAUUCCGUGAUAGCGUAUCUUUUCAAUCCUGUUUUCAUUUAGUUGAGAUGUAUAACACGACCUUUGUGCGUUUUAAGAAUGUUAUGCAACGUUUUCUCGGUAAACGCCGUGUUUUGCGGCUAAUCUCUGCUGCUGUGUGGUUUUAGUCCUCUGGGGAUACAGUUUUACUAACCAAAGUGGGAGAAAUAAAAGCUGCACAUCACAAUCGUCUUGUUUAAAUAGUUGCACGGCGUCGAUUUGCUGGAUCGAGCAUCUGCUUGAUUUCCUUUUGUGGUGCAUUCACUGACUGUACUGACUCGUUAAUAUCAGCGACUAAGUAAGUAUCAGCAGACACUAAGCUAAAAUUCCACUUUGAAUGCUUCUUUUUUUAAUUGUAUCACUUAGUGUUUUUUUGGAAAAAAUAAAUAAAUCAGGACCUUUUUCAACCUCA